UUUCGCCUUCUUCUAAGAUAUCCCGCACCCUUGGUCUUACGCAUUUUACCUCUGAGUGACGAACGAGGUUACGCUAUUUCUCUUGAGAGAAAGUUUAUAAAUUCCUCAGUGUUCACAGCCUUGGAACUUGAAGAUCUGAAAGCAACCGUCAAAGAUGUCGAGCUUUUCUGUUAUGGUGGCAACCGCUCUGUGCUUUCUUCACGUUUACGUGACAGAGGCACAAUACACGGCCUGCUUUCGCGGUGACAACACACUUUGCACCUGUGUUCUGACUCCCGAGAUGCAGUUCGAAGUAGACUGCAGUUUCAAAAACAUCAUGACGGCCAUUAACGGUAUUCCUGACGUCACCGUCACCCUUGACCUUAGCGGUAACAUGCUUCAAGACAUCCCACUUGGAUUUUUAAGAAAUCUUUCCAGUCUGAAACUUCUCAACAUUGAGAACAACGCCUUAGUGGUUUUAAGAAAUAACACUUUCGUUGGAGUGACGAAUCUCACAAGUCUAUUUCUGGGUGGUAAUGAUCUGAUUGACAUUGAACAAGAUGCUUUCGAAACUAUUUCCCAGUUGAAGCAACUACGUCUAAACAACAACAAACUCACAAUCAUUAAUAACGACACAUUUAAAGGUCUAGAUAGCAUGAUUUCACUAAACCUCGCUAGUAAUCAGCUAGAACACAUCGAGCCACAUGCAUUCUUAAGAUUACAUCUUCUGAAAUAUCUUGAUCUGUCUUACAACAAACUAACAACAUUGGAGGGUGAUAGUUUUGACGGGUUGAUGGUUUCGUAUUUGGACCUUUCUUACAACCGUUUUACAGAAGUUCCGUGUAGAGACUUACCAGUACAAACAGAAACAUUGAAGUUAUCUUACAAUACUAUCAGCGACAUCCCGAGUAACUGCUUUUACCAGUUGGAUGAACUUCGCUCACUGUGGAUGGACGGAAAUAUGAUCAAAACACUUUCAUGCAAGACCUUUUCUCCCCUUAUGGAAAUGCAUGUUUCUGGAAAUCCAUGGAACUGCGAUUGUGACUUGCUACAUGCGAAGAUAUGUUUAGAAAACAGUCUUCAGGACACCCUAGUAUGUUCACACCCUCUACUCUACAGUGGACUAAGUAUUGAAGAGUUUUCGACCCCAAUGUUAGACAACUGCAGCAUCGUCUCAACUUCAGUUUCGUCCACUGAAUCGGAGCAAACGUCCAUGUCAUUCACAGAGAUUCCGCCAGGAACGCUCUUCUCAACGAUGAAGUUCAUAAAUGUGUCAUCUGAUGACUGUGACAAAAACUGCAUGAAGACGAAGUACAUUGGACUUGUCGUUCUUGUUGGCGUUGGGUGUUCGGUUGUUACGCUGAUCUUGACGUGUAUAUUCUUCUUCCUUUGUAUAAGGAAUAAGAGCAGGAAAAGACAGAGGCGACGAUCAAAUUUAAACGGUGAUUCCACCGAGACAGGUGGAAGCCGAAUGCCAGAGAUGAUUCCAAUGAUCAACGCCACAGAAACGCCAUCGGGCGGUCCUGAUAGGGACUACAGCCAAGAGCAAGGCCAAGAGCAGUUUCUUGGAACUUUUCAAAAAAAGAAUGUGCGAGCACAGAAAGAUCAGCCAUCAACUGCUGUUCAAGAAAACAAAAGUAGUGAGGGAUAUCUGCACCCCCAACCUGUAAUGGAUCAGUCCGACCAGGGACAAGACGCAAGGUCAAUGCCCUCUAACCACUACAUGCGCGUGACCAUUGACUUUGAUUCGAAUGACGCAAUAAACCUUUAGCAAAAGCCCUUAGAGCUUUGAAAAAUCUAUCACACUUGCCAGCUAUACACGUUUUAGAAGCUUUUAAAAGAUGUAUACGACGAUAACGUUACUAGAGUGACGUUGGAUUUUACAUUCUGUUUUACAAAGUGUUUUGUGAGUUUACAAAGUAUCUUCGUGUUGAGGUU